AUGGAGAAAGAAUUCAAAGUUCCUCCAAUUAAAAGGAUGAAUUUUCUUGAGAAAUAUAGAGAUUUCAUAGAAACUUAUGAGAAACUCUACCAAAUGAAAGCAGAUGAAUCUAUUGAAGUCAUAUUUAAUUGUAUCAAUUUGGUUUUAAUUAACAAGUACAAAAUUCCACCAAGACAAAUCAUCUUUAGCAUAAUUCGUGCAAUUCACUACAAUUAUCGAUGCAUGGAACAAUAUGUUAUAAUUCUUAACAAAAUCGUUUCAAAAUAUUCUUUAAUUUGCAAAUAUUUACUCAAUGACAUAAUAGAAAACAAGGAUCUAGGAAAAAUUAUGAUACAGAAUCCAAAGAAAGUUGUUCAAAGUAACCAAUUUUAUUUUGAUGAAAAUUCAUUUUCAAAGGAAAAUGAAAUUGAUUAUAUAAUUAUGCACGAUCAAAUUGAUAAAUUCAGGGAGUAUUCAGUCGAAAAAACCCUAAAUGAUGUUUUGAUAAAAAUUCAUACUAAUUCUUCAGUUUCACUUAUUGAAGCUUGCUGCUAUUAUGGAUCAGUGAACAUUUUCUAUUUUCUUAUUUCAAAUACGAAAUCUAAAAUCACUAAAGAUUGUCUUCAUUAUUCUAUUAUUGGAGGGAAUACUGACAUUAUCAAUGAAUGUUUGAAGAAUAACAAAAUUGCUGAAUAUUAUUUGAAUGAAAUAGUUUCAUGUCAUAAUAAUAAACUCCUUGAAUAUAUAUUCAACGAUAAAAUUUUUCAACCAAAAAAAAUUUAA